ACAUGAUAACGCAUUCUAUUUGUGCAGUUUCUCUGCCCAGUUGCUCUUGUUCUCGCUCGAUUCCCUUCCACCACCCUCGUCUCCCAAGAAGACAUACAUCUUUCGCAUCCCUUUCAUUUGCUAGAAAUUGUUCUCAGUUCAAUGAUUUAUGUGUCCCUUCUUUUACACCAACUCCAGCAACCAGUUGCAGCAAAAAUCACAACCCCAACAACGCCGAGCCCGACCCGAAUCGAACCCAGAGGCUUUUUCAGCAGUUCUACUUGUCUGUUAACUCUGAGAACGCUCCUGACAAAAACCCAGGAGCGCAGAAUCAGAAAGAAGAUCUGGGACAAGAGGAUCAGAAGAGGAGCGCCAAUAAAGGCAGGGGACUUUUGACAAAUAUGUGGUGGGCGAACCUGAAAGCGGCAAUAGGCCAGAGAUUGAAUAUAGAAGGCAUUGUUUCUUCUGCAGCUGUUAUUACUAGAGACCGGCAUUUGGCGCUCCCUCAUGUUUUCGUGCCUGAUGUGAGGUACAUUGAUUGGGAUGAACUGCACAGAAGGGGGUUCAAGGGUGUCGUAUUUGAUAAGGACAAUACUAUUACCGCUCCUUACUGUUUGACAAUUUGGGCACCUCUUAAAUCCUCACUUGAACAGUGUAAAUCGGUCUUUGGCCAGAAUAUUGCUGUGUUCAGCAACUCUGCUGGGCUUUAUGAGUAUGAUCACGAUGGUUCGAAAGCUAAAGCGCUCGAGAGCUCGACUGGAAUUAGAGUUAUAAGGCAUAGGGUGAAGAAGCCUGCUGGCACAGCUGAAGAAAUUGAGAAACACUUUGGUUUUACUUCUUCACAACUUAUUAUGGUAGGUGAUCGACCAUUCACAGAUGUGGUUUUUGGAAAUCGUAAUGGUUUUCUGACUAUCUUAACUGAACCUUUGAGUGGUGCUGGGGAGACGUUUGUUGUUAAGCAGGUAAGGAAAUUAGAAAUAUACCUUGUGAACCGUUGGCUUAAGAAAGGAGUAAGACCUAUUUGUCAUCGUCUAUUGCCAGACACCCAACAGUGCAUUAAAGAUCUGUAACUUCUUUAGUAUUAUGAAAAUUUUGCCCUGUAGAUAUUCAUUAACGACUGAAAGGAAUCAUUCUUUGUCCAAUGGCCACUCGUUAGCUUAUGGUAUUUGCCGCUGAGCUGAAUAUAAUUCAUAUGUAGACUUAGUAUUUUUCAA